UGUUUUUGCUUAAAAUAUUUUGAAUCACAUUUCUUUUUCAAUUCUAUUAUGAGACAUUUUGAAAUUAAUUCCUUUCGGUAGUACUACUACGUUUUGUUUUAUACGUUGUUAUUGAACUUUGCGUUUUAAAAGUGAAGCCAAGUUUCGAAGGCAUAAAAAUCUAAUUAGUUCGUGAAGCUUCCAUGUUCCUUCAAACAGAAUGGACGAUUUACUUAACCAACCUAGUUCAUCGAAAGGCAGGCAAUAGCCUCCGGGGCGGCAGCCGCGGGCAGCGCGAAUCAUGACGCGCUUUAGCCACGUCAGUGCGCCUAACGCGAGCUCGGCACCGCCGUAUGAGCUGACGGCGAGCGCGGGCAGCUGCGCCCACGCGGGCGGCGCGCUGCUCCCGGCUCAGCCGCACCAGCCGCACCAGCCCUCGCAGCCGCGUCAUGACCCGCGCAAGAGAAAGGACAAGCACUUUGGCGCUGACCGCUUCGAAAUGUCCAGCUGCGAGCCGAACCUGCCCGCCCCAGCCAUACCCUCCUCGCAGAGCUCCAAUCGUAAACGCAAGGGAUCAUCAUAUGGAGCCGGCAGCGCAUGCGAUGACGACGGCGACGAAGACACCCGCUCCACCCUCACACUGCCCGACAAGAAGCAAAACCACUCCGAGAUAGAGAAACGGCGCCGCGACAAGAUGAACACAUACAUAACGGAGCUGAGCGCGAUGAUCCCGAUGUGCGGCGCGAUGGCGCGCAAGCUGGACAAGCUGACGGUGUUGCGAAUGGCCGUGCAGCACCUGCGCUCGGUGCGCGGCGCGCUGUCCGCCUGCCCGCUCACCGCACGUCCGCGCCCCGCCUUCCUGUCCGAGCGCGAGCUUAACCAACUCAUCGUGCAAGCAGCGCACGACUGUUUCUUGCUCGUUGUUGGCUGUGACCGAGGCAGACUAUUGUACGUGUCCGCCUCCGUUAAGAUGAUGCUCCAAUACGAUCAAUCGGAGCUACUGGGACAAAGCCUGUUUGACAUCCUGCACCCAAAAGACGUGGCAAAAGUGAAGGAGCAACUAUCUUCCUCCUACCUCAGUCCCCGGGAAAGACUUAUCGAUGCAAAGACGAUGUUGCCAGUAAAGGCAGACCUGGUGGCGGGCGCGUCGCGGUUGUGCCCGGGCGCGCGGCGUUCGUUCCUGUGCCGCAUCAAGUGCAAGCUGGACAGCGAGGCGCCACAGCAGCCCGCGCUCGUCAAGGAGGAAGUAGACCCAACCAAGAUAAGGAAGAAAGUCAACGAGAAGAAGUUCUGCGUCGUUCAGUGCACAGGUUACCUAAAGCUGGCAGCGCCAGUGGAGGUGUGCAUGGGGGGCGGCGAGAGCGGCGACGACGGCGACGGUAGCAUGUCGUGCCUGGUGGCCAUCGGGCGCGCCCUGCCGGACCCCGCACCCGCCGCGCCGCGCACGCCCGCGCCGCCCACGAGACGUCUGCAGUUCGUCUCCCGGCACGCCACGGACGGGAAAUUUGUCUUUGUCGACCAGAGGGUGACGCUGGCGCUGGGGUUCCUGCCGCAGGAGCUGCUGGACACGAGCCUGUACGAGUACGUGGGCGCGGGCGCGCUGAGCGCGGUGGCGCGCGCGCACAAGGCGGCGCUGCUCAGCCGCCAGCCGCUGCUCACGCCGCCCUUCACCUUCCGACGCAAGGACGGCUCGCUGGCGCGCGUGCAGACGCACUUCAAGCCAUUCAAGAACCCGUGGACUAAAGACAUCGAGUACCUGGUGGCCAACAACACUAUCCUCGGUGAGACCGACGCCGCGCUCAUGCCCGACGCGGAGCUUGGCUCCUUCGAUAUCUAUAAACAUAAGGCGAACGUCGCAGAGGCCGGGGCUUCGACCAACGAAGACGCGAGUGACUUUCAGAGUGGGGUUUCAGAACUGGACCUGGAAAUGCAGCGGCUGAUAGAUUCGCAGGUGGACUCGCACAAGAUCGGCAGCGCCAUCGCGACGGAGGCGCUGCGCCGCUCGCCGCCCGGCCUCUCGCCCGACCUGCCGCCCGACGUGCUGCAGGACGCCGUGUUCUUGCAACAGCCAAACCUGGUGGACAACAUAUUCGGCGUGGAGAUGAGCAACUUCAACCAAGUGCGCAACAACGUGUCUCUGAGCGCGGCGGGCGGCGAGAGCCCGCCGGUGCCGGGCGCCGAGCUCCCGGGCUCGCCGCCGCCCGUGUCGCCGCCGCUGCAGUCUCUCGGCCUCGACGGGAACGGUGAGGCCGCCAUGGCCGUCAUCAUGAGCCUGCUCGAGGCCGACGCCGGCCUCGGCGGACCCGUCAACUUCUCCGGCCUGCCGUGGCCGCUGCCUUAAAUUACUCAUUUGUUUAUUUUGUACGGCCACCAUUGUUUUCGGGGCAAGCAAAAUACCUUUUCUAAAACAUGCUCGGAAGUGGUCGCAUUUUGUAAAUCAAAAACGCAAAGAGCCUAAUUUUUAUCUCAGCGACGACAACGCACGGCCCCCGCACGCCCGGCGCGGACUGAGCGGGCAAAAAUGGAAUUAGGUAGUAUGAUUUAUUUUACUCCUAGGAGUAAAAUAACCGAUACAAUAGUAUAUUAUUAUUAGAAGCGAUCCAUCUUUACCCGUGGCAAUUUAUUGGAUCGAGCGCAGCGAGGACCAAUAUAGUAGAGGAUAAAAAUGGACAUUUAUGCCUGAGUUACACUACUUUUUACUUCGAUUGUGAGUAAAAUAUACAAAAAUAUCCAAUAUUGUGGGUUAUUUUACCGUAUUUAUUCAAGACUAAAGAAAAUUGUACUCGGGCCGGUCGGGGGCGCGGGGCACGCCGGUCGGGAGCCAGCGGGCAGGGCUGGCAGUUUGUAUGGCAGAUUUUGGACUUUAUUGCUAAGUCAAUAAGGGUCGUAAUAGAAAAUUUAACUUUAUGCUCUAGCAUAAUAAGCAAUUUUAUGUCGUCUACGCACGACGUAGUCGAACGGGCAUGAGUAGUGAAAUUCCACUUUUGUCCGCUGCGCGCCGGGUGCGUGCUGCACACGGUGCCGCUCCCGGGGCGCGGUGCGCGCAACGAACGACCGUGUACGAACGUGUACAUAACGUAUGACACCUUCGCCAUAUAUAUUUUUUCUCAAACAUGCUAUGUAAUAUUGAUAUUACGUUCUUUAUAUUAGGCUGGGAAGUAUCCCGUUUCAGGCGCGGAUAGACGAAAAACUAGGUAGGUAGGUGAAAAAGUAGGUAGGUUAGGUCUGUAAUGAAAUUUCAUACAAAGUUGCAGGCCUAGGCCAGGAAGUGGCUUUUUUUAAAUUUCUAUUUCACAUUUAAUUGUGGCACAGCAUCAUGGCAUUCAGCCACUAAAAAAAAACUAUAAGUAAUAUUUGCUUUUUGGUUCGUUUAUGACAUUCUGCCAAUACGCCUAUUAAAAAAAAACAAUAACUUUUUGUUGUUUUUUUUUUUGUUUUUUUUUUUAACCUGACUUGGCACUAGGGCCAUUAGAGCGGUAGGACUGUGUGGGGGGAUGGUAGCCUGGGAAAAAUCCAGGACCCUUCCGCAUCACACGAGACGGUUUUGCUACGCUGGAAUACUCCUAGAGUAAAAAAAAAAAAAAAACAAUAAACGGUAUUUGAUUGAUAUAUAUAGUUGGUCAAGCAAAUCUUGUCAGUGAAUAAGAACAAAAAAAACUAUACUCAUCCUUUUCUUUUGGGUGUUAGUACUAGUGUAAGACAAAGAUAGUAUGAUUCUACCUAUAUUAAACGUUUGAGAAAAGCACUAUACAUACAUCGGCGUGAAAACGGGUUGUCGGCCUCAUAACUAUAUUCUAUUCUAUUCGGCCGGCAACCCCUUCCUUCCCGGCCUCUGUAGUAAUGUACUAUUUCAUACAUGGAAAACCAACAGCUAUAAACAUUUCUAAAAAUACAACAGCUAGGUAUAAACAUUUCAGUAUUUCCGUACAUGUUUGAGAAAAACACUAUGGAAAUAGGCAUUUUCUGACUCAGACCUUUUGCCAUUUAGGUACCUUGUCAGAAAAUGCCUUUCUUUCCAUCCCUCGGCAACAAUGUACUUGCACAAUUUUCAUAAAUAAAUGCAAAAUUUAAAAGCUAGGACCCUAUAUACUAUUAACGGUCUUAAGUUAUCUCAUUCUUAGGUCUUCUAUUCCUAUUUCUUACGGCCCGAUAAAACGCAGCGUUAAGGAAUAAGGCGUUACGGUUUCUUAUUCAUUUAAAAAUGUAUCAAACAGGCCCUACAACUCCUAACAUCAAUCGCAUCAUAAGUUGAGAUCACGGGCAUAACACCAUGUCAAUAUCAUUUGUUUUUAUUUGAAUUUUGAUACACAACCUUGCCGAAUUUCGUAACGAAAAUAAUGUUGACCGAACAUGACUGGCAUAUCAUGUUUUCGAGAGCCAUCCAAAAAACUGCAUUUUUGUUAAAGUUAUACAAUUCUUGCUAACGAAAGUUGAAUUUAUCAAGUUAAAAUAAGCGGGACUAUAGAACCAUGUCAUAAUGAAUCAAUUUGUUUAUCUUCUACGACAGUGCUUAUUGGGUGAUGUAUGUCAUGUUCAUGUAUCUAGUUAAAGCGACAAGGUUCUAUAGUGGCAUAGGAUUCAAAUUGGUUGACUGUACCUAUAGGUAGACCAUUAAAACCAUACAUAAUACACCUACACAUUAGAAUCAAUCUUACUAAUUAUCUUUUAUGUAAUUAGCCGGGUCCACACAGAGCGAGCAUACGCGCGUGGCAAUUUCCUCGCGCACAAAACGGCCAGUGUAGCUGUAGACGUGUCUCGCGCGUUAACGUUUACGCGCGUGCUAUCAAAAUCGUUGCAGACUUGACCAAGAGGUCAAUAAGGGCUUCAUCUUUAGUCUCAUCUCAGACUGCAAUAAGACAGUUAAUAAAAUAAAAUCCAUACUCUGCAACAAGUAUACAAAGCUACAAUACAAUACAACGAAGGAUACCAUGUCAAUCUAUUUUGUGUUUUACUUUAUAUGUCUCAAUACGGUUUUUGUAAACUGAUGACUUUAUUAAAAGUGCGGAAUGAGACACAAAACUGUAUGUCACGGUAAAGAUAUAGUGGAUUGUCAAAUAACAUAUUUUUACUUUACAACAUAGUCGUUAUAUCCAACGAAUACGUACAAUAAGAGAUAUAACCUAUUGAUUAAAGACCAGUACACCGCCUGCCUGUGCGUUAACGUGCACGUAAACGUUAAAUUUUAUAAAAAAUAAAUAAAAAAAUACUCUACGGAGCUGCAGCUUGAGCCAGCGUUGGUUGUACACGAUGUGACGGGUGCUGCAGCCUUUAAACUAUAAUCGAUAUUAUACAGGAUGAGCGAGUGUUGUUUAAGACUGUUCAGUCUUUAGAGGUGAAUAUGUACUGAACAACUUGUAUUAUGAGGUCAAGCCCUUAAGCAUCCUGUAUGAGCCGUAAUAUACCAUACUGUAUGACAAUGACGUCAACCAACUGAAUGACUAAGGAUCGGUUGCACCAAACCGUCUGCCACCAUUAAAGAGUUCGCUAAAUAUAAAUGUAUGGGAAAUCUAAUAGAUUGACGCUGUGACGUUAGUGAGUCCGUCAACUGUUUGGUGCCUUAGAGUGGUAUUCCAUCUCUCUAAUAUCUUUGUAAAUGUGCAUUUGGUCAAGUCACAGACCUAAAAUUUAUGCUUAGUUCUGUGGGUCAAGUAUUAAGAAUGACAUUUCAUUCAAAAUGGCUACGCAAAUAUGUAGUAUAAAAACUUGAACCAAGAUAUUGGAUAAGUAGAAUGGGCCUCCGUCAAAGAAAUUUGUUAGAAUAUUGAAUAUAAAAAUUGGACAAAGAUAUUUGAUAUACCUAAAGCUGUCCAAUAUGUGCAUAUGAUCAAAGAAAUUGGGUGAGUUCAUCACUAGAUACACCGACAUUUGAUUAAAUACAAAUGACAUUUAAUUCAAAAUGGCUACGCAAAUAGUAUAAUAAACUUGAACCAAGUUAUUGGAUAAGUGGAAUAGGAGACAUUCAAAGACAGAAAGAAAUUUGAUGAAAUAUUGGACAGGUGGAAUAGCAAAAGCCCCUAUCACUAAUACCUAUAGGGCAUUAUUCCUUAAUUACCUAUUGUUGUUAAUUGUGUCUGUUGGGUACAAUUAGUCAUACUCUAGUAUACGGACAAUUAUUUAGUAAAACCAUUGAUGAAUGUAUCCUCGGUAUGCAGGGUUAGAUUGAUAAAAAUUGUACAUAACUGACCAAGGGCGGUACCUAUAAUGAUGAAGAACUUUAUAUCACCCUGGGGUUUGUUAUCAUUAUCAAUUCGUAUUUAUUUUCCCGGCCGGAGGCCAUUAGAUAAGGAUGAAUAAGAUCAUGCAUGAAUAUGUAGGGUGAGCCUUGUAACGCGAGCAAAAAGUUGAACGGUAAUACGUUAGACUUGUAGGUAUAUGAACCAAAAAUGCUUUAUAUGAAACAGAAUCAAUUCAUUUUAAUACUGUUUAAAAAAACAUAAAUCGGAUUAGCCGCUGCUGUGAGUAGGUGCUUGACAAUAAUAAAUCACCUAGAUGUUUAAUCACUAUCCAUUAAUAGGGAUGAUGACACAUGUUGAAUUUUAUAACAAAAUCUAGUAAAAAUAAUUGCUGUUGUAACACGCCUCAUCGGACAUAAUUAUAUAGCUAAGUUUUGUGUAUUUUUGGCAUAUAUUAAUGAAGCCAUUUGAGAACUUAUUAACUUAAGGUAACUGAAAUAAGUAGAUAAACAAUUGUUUAUGUACGGAAUUUACUAAAAUUAUUAUACAUAACAUACAUAUACACAAACGUAAAAUAAAUAAACUAUUUCUAUUUUCACUUUACCGUAUUAUACAAAAUGUGCAAAGGUAUUAUAUUAUAUUUGCUUAGAAAUGCAUGAGCAUAUGGCAAUGUUGACUGGUAGAAUUGACUUUUAAAUGACGAUUUUGAAUGAUAAAUAUAAAAUAGUUAAUUUGGAUUUGUAAUUUAAAGUUAUUUUCCUCGCGUUAGUGUGUUGAAAACAAAGUUUGAUUAACACUCAAGAUUCCACAUAGCGAAUCUUUUACUUACUCGAAUAUCAAUAUUAGCACGAAGAGUUUAUCACCAACUUUGUCCCCCUGUAAAACAAUUUCGCAUAAAAUACGUUUGUGUAACUAAUUAAUAUGUAAGUAUGUAUGUAUCUUAAUUAGUCUUCCAGCUGAACUAAUAUUUAAAACGGUUUUUAUUUUAGUUAUUUUUUAUUUUAAUACGGUUUUAUUUUAUUUGUAUUUUUUGUAAUUUUGUUAACGAGGUUGCACUAGAGUUCAUAUAAUAAUAGCUUGAUGCUGAGAUAUUUAUUAUUAACUGCUUAGCAGAUGGCCCAUAAUGGGUAGGUCUUUUAACUAAGUACCACAUAAAACAUGCUUGGUAAAUUUUAAUAUUAUGUAAUAUAAAAUCUGUGUUUUAAGAGCUGUUCAGGGGAACAACGUAUCUACCUAAUAAACGAGUCACAGAAAAGGAAAAAGCCGAUUCGCCCAUAUACCUAAUUUGAACACCUGCAAGUGUGCAAGUAGCGGAAAGUUUCUAAAAAAUUGGAAAGUUCUCGGAGAUUUGAGGAAAACUUCACAGGAAAUUAAGGCAACUUAUAAAUGGAAAAUUUCUAUCGCCAUACAAAAACAUGAGAAGUUUCUAGAUUUUUUCUGUGAAACUCGUAAUUUUGGGAUCUUUCCGACGUGCCACAUCGGUAUUUGUGCCGAUUACGAGUAGUAUAAAAUUAAUUUUGUUGGAUUCUGUGUCCUCGUAUAAUAUAUAAUGAUAUAUAUGUAUCCGUUAGAAAAAAACUGCUGUUAUACAUAAAAUAUUUCCAAUUCCUAAAAUGACUUGUAGUUACGGCUACCACCACCAGUUUGACACUGCUGAGGCAGUAGUGGUAAGGCUACUCGCUAUACUCGUAUCUGAGAGUGAAGUCCGGAUUGAAACCAUUUUAAACAGUGUUAUUUAGGUAUGCAGUGUUAGUUAUUAGUGUAUGCAUUGCAGUAUGCUUUCAAUCGAUUAUACCUGGUCUACUUAGUAACAGCGACUAUUUGAGUAAGUAUUAUUUAUUCUAUGUGACGGAACUACCAUCAGAUUUAUGUAUAUUUAUUAAUCAACUUUAGUUCCGUAAGAACGAUGAAAUUGAUGGGAACAAGAGUGAUGUAGUUAUAUAUACCUACAUAUAUACUUAGUAAUAUUUUUUCAUGUUUUUAACAUGGGCAAUCCUACAUGUACUACGUACGCAUAUAUUUAGUGCAAUUUUAUGAUAUUAAAUUACCAACCAAACUACUAUUGUACUUGAGGUCGGGUUUUGUAAGACUGUCGUUAGAUAAUUGGGUAAGAAAUCAUGCCAGUAUAUUCAAAACGAUCGGAUCUGGAUUGAUCUCAGUGAACUAUCACCCUUUAGCAUUCUCUAAGUACUGGCUCAUUUUUCUAAACCGGGUCUUUAUAAAACCUAUCAGAAGUUAAUAAUUAAUGAUAUACUUAAUAUUGUAUUUUUGAUAAUGUUUAUAAAAUGAAUUGAAUCCAAAUUUGUAUCUAGUCUAUCCUUAGAAAAGUCGCUUCAAUGGUCGCGCCCGUGAUAUAUGAGAUGUCGGCGUCACGCGCAAACAUAUCACGACUGACGACGUGAGUAGGCUUCUACCGUGGGCGGAGUGGGCCCCAUGACUAUAAACGGUCAGUUUCGCCCAUUCACACAGGGCCAUUGCUAGUUUAGUUAAAAUACGUUAAUAACUUUAAAUUCAGAUAUUUGUUUAUGCCUUUCGCACGUUAUCGUUUUUUUCCGUUUCGUAAAGACCGUAUCGUUAAUUAUGGGUACAGAUAAAACCUGGUCUAACUGUUGACAUGUGUAUUAUUUUGUAUUACUAUGUUCUAAGGGUAUGAUCUGAGGAUGUUUUUAAGCCAUGUCCGAUAUAAGAAAAUUAAAAAAAAAAUAUUUUGGGGACUAUGAUUGUUUGAAUACCGUCUAGCAAAUAUGAUUUGGCCAAGCCUAUCGUGCUUAAUUUGAGACUAUUUCUCCGACUCCUUGGUACGAUUUAAAGAAAGAAAUGGUUAAUAUGUUGCUAAAACAUGUUAUCUAAUUGUCCUUUUCAUGAUUGCUCAAUUGAGCAUCCACAUAAUAAAUGCGGUGUUUUUUUUUACAUAAAUACGACUUUUUACGCAACACUUUGGAUUCCCGUCAAUAUCUGACGCGAGCGGAAUGAGGGAGGCAGCUAAAAGUAUCUACCAAAAUCCAAAGCCUAACGGACAUUCAUGGCGUUGAACUAUGGCAAGAGCAGGUCGAUAGAAACGCUCCAUGAUAGUUAUAUUGGAUACCAAAGUCGUAACUAUAUAAUAUAAACAUGCCAUAUUCUCUAAAAGGCCACCAUGCACUGAACCAAAACUUUUUUUAAACUAAAAGUAAUGAUUAUACUAUGCCUAGAUGUUUCGCUUUACGAAUCUUGUGUAAUUGCUGUUUACGAUUUUUUUUCCGUAAUAUCAUCUUGUUCGCAAAUCGCAAAUUUUCUUGUAGUAUUUGUCCAGAAUCGUUAUUGUUACUCGGGAGGAUUGGGUCAAUUUUGUCCAAACCAUAUGCUUUACGUAUAGCUCCCAGGAUGAAAUGUGUACCUUAUUGAAGCACUAAUCAUGUGUCAUUUUUAAAUAAAAAUAUAAUACUAACUAAAAAAUACGGCUAAGUCAAGUUGUAGGUACCCAUAAUUAACGAUACAGUCUUUAUAAUCCAGUCAGGUUAUUUUCAGAUCAUUAUUGUCUAUACAUUAACACAUUAAAUAAUAUUGAUACGUUAUGAUAUUUCAGAUCUGGAGCGAAAUUUAUUUAUUGUACAGUCGCCAUCAGAUAUAUCGGAGCGACGAAGGUGCUCACAAAUAUCUAAACACUAUUGACAAGGCAUUAGAGUGCGUAUUCAUAUAUUUUUUAACACCUCGGCCGCUCCGAUAUAUCUGAUGGCGACUGUACAGUGUACGUACUAUAGAACAGUAGAUUGUACAACAAGGGUAUAAAGCG